AUUAACAUUUAAGCCGAGAGAAAGAAAGGGUAACGUGAACAUGAGUGAGUUCAAUGUGAGGUCAUGGCCGGUAUUGGUGAUGCUUGUUGUGCUCAUUGUGGUCGGCGGGUGGGAGGUGAAAGUAUGUGGCGCCACGGGUCCCAGCCCGGGGCAGUGCCGGAGGCAGAGGAGAAUGACGAUAACCGCUUGCAAACCGGUGGUGUAUGGGAAGGCACCGUCCGCGUAUUGUUGCCACCGGGUGAGGGUGACCCAUGUGGACUGUGUCUGUCCUGAGAUAUCACCGAAGCUGGCUGAGCUUAUUGAUGUAGACAAAUUUGUGCACCUCAUUGAAGGAUGUGGAAGAAAGGUUCCUCAUAACUAUAAGUGUGGAAGUAUCAUUACUCCUUGAAGAUUGACCAAUUAAGUCUGAAUGCAUAUCAAAAUAUGGUUUUGGAUUAAUUGUAAUAGUUUUUUUUGUGUUAUUUAUGCAUGUGAUUUUUAAUAUUAUCUUGUAUGUUGAGGCUUGAUGUUAAAUGUGUCACUUUUGGAAGGUUAGUAAUUAAUUGAUCUUUAAUAAUCUAAACUUUUCCUCCA